GACAGCCGGUAAUGUCUCCUAAGAAACAUAAGUGUUCUGUUGUGGGAUGUAAUAAUGAACAUAGUAGUUUUCACUUACUUCCGACAUCAGAGCCACUGAAAACGCAGUGGAUGGAUUUUAUUUAUGAAGGAAAGGCGCCACUCAAAAUUCCAAAAUACGUUUAUGUUUGCGCGAAUCAUUUUUUGACUGACUGUUUUGAGAACGAGGGUCAAUUCAAAGCAGGUCUUGCUUCAAAGUUAAUCCUCAAGUCUGGAUCGUUGCCUACUGUUCGCGAUGCAACGUCACCUUCAGAAGAAGCCAGCACAUCGACACGAAGCUGUAGAACGAGGGAUAUUGGCGUGCAGACAGAAACAUCAAAGCUAUGCAGUGUUGGUACACAACUGUCAAUGAGGACGCUUCAAACACACCACAGGAGUGUCUGUGUCCAGACAGAGACAACAUUGUCAAGUUUUGAUGUUAGCACAAAAUUAGUUUCUCAUACAGCUGUUGCGUCUUCCACGCCCCUCAAGACUUCAUCAAAAAGACCUUGUCUGGACCUUGAGGAAGAUGAAGAUACCCUGCAGGAAUGCUCUUCAAUACUAACAUCACAAGAGACUGAUGUCACAUUUAAUCCUGCAGAGGCAGACACAUCAAUAACAGAGCCCAAAGACUUGUCAGCUCAAGAAUCCAGCCCUAAUCAAAACAUUUGUAAAUAUAUUGUCUAUGAGACCUGCAUCAUGGAACUGUUUGAUGUGUGCCCGGUAUGUCAUAGAAGCUGUCAUAUAAGAUCACAAAGGAUUUGAACAUUUCUACGUGUUGAACAACUCUGCCACCAUUGUCAGUUCUCACGGAAAUGGAACAGUCAGCCGAUUUUGGGCAGUACUCCAGCUGGA